UAUGUCUGCGCCCGUUUGAACAGUGCGCGGUAACUUCCCCAUACGAAGAUGCUGUAAAACAUGGCCAGUACAGCAGCUCUGAAAGUACUUGUAAGUGGAGAUGUGAAUGGAAACUUUGAUCAGCUCUUCUCCAGGAUAGGCAGCAUUCAAAAGAAAAGUGGAAAUUUUGAUCUUCUGUUAUGUGUAGGAGAUUUCUUUGGUGAUGAUGAGAGUAAUUGGAAGCCAUUUAUAUCUGGAGAGAAAAAAGUACCUUUGAGUACCCUGAUACUAGGCCCUAACCAAAAGGAACAUGUCGGCUACUACAGUGGAGAGGAUGGUGUCGAGCUGUGUCACAAUGUCACAUACCUUGGCAAGAAGGGAAUGUUUACAGGAUCGUCAGGGUUACAGCUGGCCUACCUCAGUGGUCUAGAGAGUUCAGAUGACAAUGGAGAUGAUACACAUUUUUGUAACAAAGAUGUCUCCUCCCUCACUCUACCAGUCAUCUCUGACUCCAAAUUCAGAGGGGUCGACAUCUUAAUUACAUCUCAAUGGCCACAAGGGGUCGACAAAUAUGGAAUAAAAAUGGAUUCUGUGGACACGUCAUCCUGUGGAUCUCAUGCUGUGUCACAGUUAGCCAUACAUCUCAAACCACGCUACCACUUCGCUGGGAUGGAAAGAGAAUUUUAUGAACGGCAGCCAUACAGGAAUCAUAAGGUUUUGUCAGAUAAGGACAAACAUGUUACCCGAUUCAUAGGACUGGCAAACACAAGUAACAAGGACAAGAAAAAGUUUCUCUAUGCCUUCAACAUAACACCACUGAGUGCUAUGGAGCCCUCGGAACUGACCAAACAGCCAGCUGACGUUACAGAAUGUCCGUUUACACUGACCAUGUCCAGACAGGACUUACAGAAUCAGACAGAAGAAAAGUCGGCCCAGUUUUUUUACGACAUGACAGAGAAAAAGAAUUCCAAAAGGAGACAACAUGAUGGAGGUGGUCCCGAUAGGAAGAAAAAACAUCCCCAGGCCACUGGUCCGUGUUGGUUCUGUCUGGGCAGUCCAGAGGUGGAGAAACACCUAGUGGUCAGUGUAGGAGAUCAUAACUACCUCGCACUGGCCAAGGGAGGGUUGGUGGAUGACCACAUAUUGAUACUGCCCAUCGGUCAUCACCAGUCUACUGUGCUGGCUCCCUCGGAGGUUAUAGAUGAGAUUGACAAGUACAAGGCUGCACUAAAGAAGUGCUACAAAUCAAUGGGAAAGGCUGUUGUUUUCUUUGAGAGAAAUUACAGGACUCAGCACCUUCAGAUCCAGGUUGUACCUGUGCCACUGGACUGUGUCUGUGAUAUCAAAGAGGCUUUUAUGGAGUGUUCCCAGUCAGAGGGAUUCGAACUUCAUGAGAUACCCAAACAUUCAGAUUUAAAACAGAUAGUACCUCCUGGUGCUCCCUACUUUUAUGCAGAAUUACCAUCAGGAGACAAACUUUUACAUAGGAUAUCAAAGAACUUCCCUCUACAGUUUGGCAGGGAUGUACUGGCAAGUCCACAGAUACUGAACAUGACAGAGCGUGUGGAUUGGAAAGCUUGUAAGGUCAGCAAGGAGCAAGAAGGAGACCUAGCUUCAGACUUUAAAUCUGUCUUCUCAGCCUUUGACUUUACUGAUUUGGACUAAGAAAGCGAACAGCUGCAAAUAUGUGACUUAAAAUGCUUCUGUGGAAAAGGAUCACACUAAACAGUUGGUGGAGUGUCUAUCAGAGUAGAAACAGCUGAGAGCUUAACUGAUAAGGUAAAGUGAUAACCAUGACUCAGAACUUAGACCUCUUGAACAUGGAGUUGUCAUAGGUGUGAUCAAACCCUGUGGAACAAUGAAGAGGUUUCCGAUUCAAAAUCAAAUGUGUUUGACCUUAGAUUAUUGUUGUUGAGUCAAGACUAUUAACUUAUACUGACUGGAUGUUAAGGAUGGUCUACUGUGACAAGGAAUCCAUCCCCAUCUGAGGAAGGAUCAGAUGAGGAAGGUUUAUUCAGAAUGACAAGAUUGAGCACUGCAAAUCAUGCUUUUUGAACCUCAUUAACAUGUGAUAAAGAUAUUAAAAUAAAUACAGGACAAGUGACCAUCUCCUGCAUGGUUAACACUGAAACUGAAACAAUAACCAAUUAUUUAAGAAAUAAUGGUUUCUCAGAUCAUUUUUAUCCUACAGAAAAUGUAUGUCUACCAACAGUCAAGAGGAAAGUUAAUAUAUCAGUUGCCUCUCAUUUUGAAAAGAUAGUCCAUCAACAAAACAAUAACUUACAGGUGGACAUUUUCUCUGUAACACUUUUUAUUUUACUAUGAAUCACUUACCAACAGGUAUAUAUUUUUAUAAUAACUUUCCAAGGGUAAUUCAUUACAAGUCCAUGGGUCUGUAGACUGUUUAUUCAAAAUCUUCAGGCAUUGGUAGCUCAUGGAAAUCUUCCAUCAAUGAUUCAUAUAUCUCCUGUGCUUUUAACAAAUACAUAAGGCUCAUGAUCAUAUUAUUUUACAUAGAGCUUGCUUGGCUGAAGCGAUCUGAAGUUUUAUUCAAAUAAAUAGCAUUGUCCCACAUUCAAGGUCACAGGGGUCAAAUGUGUAAAACACUUUUAAACAAUAUUUUGUCGAGAACCUGACCAUGAUAUUUGGCCUUAAAUUUGUUGGGAUAAGUAGCUGUCAAGUUGUUCAAAAGGAUGACUUAUGAAUCACUUUCAAGGUCACAGGGGUAACAUGUGUUAAACACCCUAUAUAAAGUUUUAUCAAGAAUCAAAAUGACCAAUGAUAUGUGAGGAUGGAAAUAAAAAUAUUUAAAAGACUU